AUGGGCACACGACAUCGAGCUAUUCGGGUGGAGGGUAUUCCCCAUUGGAUCACUCCAGGAGAUGUGAAACGAAUGGCGGAGCGUUCUGGAGCAUCAGGCAUCAUAGACGGUGUGUUUGUCGUUCCUCGUCUACUCAAAAGGCGUUCUGACGGUUGUGCCUUUGGGCUCUAUUCAUAUGUAGUUUUCUUGGACAAUGUGGAUGGAAUUCCUUCAGGAAAAGCUUCUAUAGAAUUCUAUUCUGUCUCUGAAGCUCAACGUGCGGCUACUCUCUUGAACAAUGCGCAAAUUUCUGCAAUCCCUGUUCGCGUCGUGGGAUUCGAACAUGCGCGAAAUCCCACAUACUCAAAGAAAAAGAGGCUUACCGUUGAGGAUAUACGAACGACACCUAAAGCGCCCGCGACGACGGUGAUUUUUGGACUCCCCAAGGACUUUCUUGUCAAGGAUGUCGAUAAAUUCCUCUACAACUAUCGCUUGAAUCUCUUUGGUUCCCCAGAGGAGGCACUUGUGCAACUUUAUUCGUACGUAUAG